AAGUUAUCGGACUUGAUUCGUUCAGUUAUAAUCGUUAUAAACUUUUUCGUUUUCGCGCAGUUUAUCGUCCUUCAUCGGAAUUCUUACCGCUAGGAGUCUCUGUUGAUAAGCAACUAUCGGACAAUAUCUUAUCCGUUAUUCACUAUACUUUAUAUCAAAAAAUAAUUACUAAACUUUUGGUUCUUUUUAUUAAAACGGUUGAUUUGAUUUCUGGUUCCGAUCUAAAAGUGUCCUAUAGUGUUGAACGAUUCGCAGAACCUUUUCCGGUUACCUUAUCAACAGCUGACGAAAUGUCAUCAAAGUCACAACCCACGAAUGAGUCUGAAUCAGAGCCAUCAUCUUCGCCACAAAGAGUGAUAGAUUCUGAGGAGGAAUUAUCUUCGGUGGGUAGUGAUGAUAAUGAUGAUAAUGGCAAACGUAGAAGACAAAAUAGGGACCCUAACGCGCCUAAACGACCAAGAAAUGCUUUCUUAAUGUAUUGUCAAAUGCAACGUGAACAAGCGAGAGAGGAAAAUCAAAACAAAGGGUUUCAAGACAUGUUUAUAUAUGCUGGCGGAAUAAAUUCGGACUAUGUUGGUGAUGAACUAGAUUCCGUAAGUGAGGAAAUGGUCGAUGAAUUAGCAGCAGAUAGAGAUGCAAACGGCUGGCACGGCCCAGCUCACGAAUUAAGUGAAGACCAGGCGGAAGCGUCACCAUUACAUAUUAAAAUGUUACUGUUAAUUUUUGGAAUUAAGAUCGAAUUUCUUAAUAAACCUUUUAAUCAUCAAGAAUUUUAUCAUCAAUAG